AUGAAAUCCCGAGGAGCUAAAUUAGCCAAGAGCCAAUCCACUGAGAGAAUAGUCCAUCACCACGGCAGCCACACAGGUACCACCUCUAUCACAGGUACCACCUCCAUCUCAUCUACCACCUGUACCACAGGUACCACCUCUAUCACAGGUACCACCUCCAUCUCAUCUACCACCUGUACCACAGGUACCACCUCUAUCACAGGUACCACCUCCAUCUCAUCUACCACCUGUACCACAGGUACCACCUGUAUCACAGGAUCGUCCAAUCACAGCCCGAGCAGCUCCUCGGAGGAACUGAGCCGCGGCGUCGCGGUGGAGAAACUGGACAGUGUCAAGAAAUGGGGAAUAAACACCUACAAGUGCACUAAGCAGAUGUUCUCGGAGCGCUUUGGUCGCGGCUCUCGGACUGUAGACCUGGAGCUGGAGGCUCAGAUUGAACACCUGCGAGACACGAAGCUGAAGUACGAGAGCGUCCUGAGACUGACCUCUGACCUCACCACACACUUCAGCUUCAUGGUCCAGACACAGCAGGCCCUGGGGGACACCUUCACUGACCUCAGCCAGAAGUCUCCUGAGCUGCAGGAUGAGUUUGGGUACAAUGCUGAGACCCAGAAGUUGUUGUGUAAAAACGGAGAGUCUCUGCUCGGAGCCAUCAGUUUCUUUGUGUCCAGUGUGGACACUCUGGUCAACAAGACCAUGGAGGACACUCUGCAGACCAUCAAGCUGUAUGAGAACGCACGGCUUGAGUUCGAUGCGUACCGUUCGGACCUGGAGGAGCUGAGUUUGGGACCACGAGACGCCGCCUCGAUGGUGCGGAUUGAGACGGCGCAGCACGAGUACCAGCGAUACAGGGACAAGUACGAGCGGCUGCGGAGCGAUGUCACCAUCAAACUCAAGUUCCUGGAAGAGAACAAGGUUUCUGUCAACUUUGAUCAAUCCAUCGAUCGAUCGAUCGAUAAAUCAAAGAUACAUAGAUAUGAACAUGAUUUUUAA